CAAAUUGUAAUGAACAUAAUAUAUAGGUCUGCACCAUUCGAAGUAGCUCAUUGGAACAACAAUCAUGGCGAGCAGAGGAUCAAAACUGUGCUACAAUGCUAUCCGCGGCUACAGCAGCGGGGCUAAAAUGCCAGCAACGGAUUUUGUGCCUAAAAAAUAUGUUGGUCCGUCAUACGAGAAAAUCGAGAAGUUAAAGGCGGAGCACAUGCCUCCAGCCAUCACCAACGUGUACAAGAGGCCCGUACUCCUGCACCAGGGACACAUGCAGUGGCUCUUCGAUAAUGAAGGCAAGAGGUACCUCGACCUCUUCGGCGGCAUCGUCACCGUCUCCGUUGGACAUUGCCACCCGAAAGUGAACGCCGCUCUAAAAGAGCAGGUGGAUACCAUGUGGCACACCACCAACCUGUACCGUCACCCCAAACUGUACGAGUACAUUGAGCUGCUCGCCUCCAAGUUCCCCGGGGACUUGAACGUGGUGUACUUGACCAACAGCGGUUCUGAAGCGAACGAGCUUGCGGUGUUGCUCGCCAAGGCCUACACCGGCAAUCUGGACAUGAUCUCGCUGCAGACCAGCUACCACGGCUACACCAGCUCCCUGAUGGGUCUGACCGCCACCCAGUCUUACAGGAUGGCCAUCCCUGUACCCACUGGUUACCACCACGCCGUGCACCCCGACCCGUUCCGCGGCAUCUUCGGCGGCUGCAGAGACUCUCUGUCGCAGGUGCCCGGAGAGAACGUCGUCUCGGGAGACUGCCCCAGUGCUGAGAAAUACGUUCACCAACUGAACGAGCUCUUAGGAAACUCAGUGCCCGCUGGCCGUGUUGGUGCCUUCUUCGCGGAGUCCAUCCAGGGUGCUGGUGGUGUCAUCCAGUUCCCCAAGGGUUACCUUAGACAAGCCCAGGAAGCCAUCAAGAAGUGCGGUGGUCUUUACGUAGCUGAUGAGGUCCAAACAGGUUUCGGCCGCACAGGCGACCAUUACUGGGGCUUCCAGACCCACGGCGUCAAGCCCGACAUCGUCACCAUGGCCAAGGGUAUCGGCAACGGAUUCCCGCUCGCCGCCGUCGUCACCACAAAGGAGAUCGCGGCCGCGCACUCCAAGGCUGCCUACUUCAACACCUUCGGAGGCAACCCCAUGGCUUCUGUCGUCGGCAAGGCUGUCCUCGAGGUCAUCGAGGAGGAAGGUCUGCAGCAAAACAGCAAGGUCGUUGGCGAUUACUUCAUCCAGCAGCUGAUGCAGCUGCAGAAACAGCACCCUGUCAUCGGUGACGUCAGAGGCCAGGGUCUCAUGUUGGGUGUUGAACUGGUCGAGCCUGGCACCAAAAAGCCACUGAACCUACCCCAGGUUGUGGACAUCCACGAGAACAUCAAGGACCAGGGAGUACUCAUCGCGCGUGGUGGCAGAUGGAAUAACGUGUUCAGGAUAAAGCCCCCGAUGUGCAUCAACAAGCAGGAUUUUUCAUCAAAAGUGGUUAAAUGCGAACCAACAAAAGAGCCUAUAAUAGAAUAUGGGAAGACAUCUAAGUUUGAAGGAUACCAGGUCACUAUGGAGAACACCAUCCUAUUCCCUGCAGGAGGUGGACAGCCCCAUGACCUUGGCUGGAUAAAUGACAAAGAAGUAUUACAAGUACUUCGUAAAGGAGACCAGGCUCUGCAUUUUACUAGAGAACCUUUAGAAGUUGGUGCUGUUGUGUCGCAGAAGAUUGUUUGGGAGAGGCGGUUCGAUCAUAUGCAGCAGCAUUCAGGUCAGCAUCUCCUAUCGGCUAUCUUGGAGCAACAUUUCAACCUGCCCACAACAAGUUGGUGGCUCGGGGCUGAUGAGUCAUAUGUAGAGUUGGACUCUACUACUGUCAAAGAGGAUGACAUUAAGAAAGCAGAGGAGAUGUGCAAUGAGCUGAUUAGAAAGGCUGUGCCGGUCAAUGUAAAAUUUUGUAAAAUUGAUGAUCCAGAUUUGGGAGAGGCACACACCAGGGGAUUACCGAAGGACUGUAUGGAAACUAUAAGAAUAAUAUGUAUAGGGGAUAUCGAUAAGAACGUUUGUUGCGGCACUCAUGUUUCCAACCUUAGUCAACUACAAAUGAUAAAGUUACUAGGAGCAGAACCUGGUAAAAAGGGAAAGACUAAUCUCAGGUUCCUAGUGGGCAACAGAGUCACCAAGACCUUCCAACUGAUGCUCGACAGGGAGAAAGCUGUCACUGCACUGUUAAAAAACGAACCGGCCAAACACGAAGAACUCAUCCAGAAGUUACAGAAAAACUUAAAGGUUUCCAACAAGAACUUACAGAAUGUGCUAUCUGAGUUGGCGCAGUAUGAAGCGGAUAAAAUAAAGAGGACAGAACCGAAGCCAAAAUACAUAUUCCUGUUUAAGAAGGAAGCAACUCCUGAGUUUAACCGAGCUGUAAUCAAGGGUUUAGAGGGAGAAGGACUUUUCAUGUUCCUGGCUUCAGAAGAUCCUGACAAGCCUAAAGAGGGACAGAUUAUAAUCCAAGGGCCUGAGGAGCACUGUAAUGCUUUGGGACAACAGAUAACUGAUCUACUAAAGGGUAAAGGUGCGUUCAAAAACGGCAAGUUCCAAGGCAAGGCGGGCGACUUGGGCGGCAUAAACAAAUGCAAGAAAUUGGUUGAAGAGUACUUUAAUAACAUAAUAUAACGUAACAUUGUUAUAAAUGCGAGUGCUAUGUAACAAUAAAUAUUUUUAUAUAAACAAAA